AUGGCAAAGAAGAAGAAGAAUAAGCCUCUGAUUCGCCCAUGGUGCUGGUACUGCGAACGUGAAUUCGAGGAUGAAAAAGUCCUCAUGCAGCACCAGAAAGCGAAGCAUUUCAAGUGUGGGAUGUGUCCGAGGCGGUUGAACACCGCUGGAGGACUGGCUGUGCAUAUUCAGCAAGUUCAUAAACUCGAACCCGAAAACCUCCCAAGAAUUGAAAACGCCCUCCCAGGCCGCGACGGCUACGAAGUCGAAAUCUUCGGGAUGGAAGGCAUCCCCGCCCCCGACGUCGCAGACUACAAGCGGCGCAAAGAAAUCGAACUGGGGCUCACCGCAGGGUCCAUCUCCCAGCCCCAACCUAAGCGCGCCAAGAUCGAGAACCGUCCGCUGUCGGAGGAGGAGCUGCGCGCGCAGCUGGAGGCGCAUAAAGCGUUGAUGGGGAAUGCGAGCACGAGUACGGAUGCGGCGGGCGCGGCGGCGGCGGGUGUGCCCGGCCAGGCGGUGUAUGGCGCCCCGGCGCAGGCGUAUAGUGUUCCCCCGCCUGGGGUGACGCCUCCGGUGGGUAUGGGUGUCACCCCACCGCCGGGAGUCCCGCCUCCUGGCUUUGCGCCCCCAGGGUUCGCACCGCCGUUCCCCCCUCCGUUCCCGGGUGCUGUCCCUCCAGGGAUGCCGCCCCCAGGAUUCCAACCGCCCUUCCCUCCACCUGUACCAGGCCAAGCACCCCCCUUCCCGCCCCCACCCGGUGUGGUCCCUCCCCCCGGCGUAUCACCUCCACCAGGCGUCCGACCUCCCUUCCCUCCCGGUGUCCCGCCGUUCAUGCCUCCACCAGGUAUGCCCGGUGCACCGCCCUUCCUCCCACCAGGCGUCCCUCCGCCGCCUGGUAUGCCUCUUCCACCGGGUAUGACGCCGCCCCCGCCUAAUUUCGUGCGAGCUGGGUCGGUAGGACAGGGACCUGGGCAGGCGAAACCGACGCCUCCUCCCUUGACGCUACCUAAUCCUGCCCUCAAGCAGACCAACCCCGAGUUUAAGAAGCCGACUGUGUUGAAGUGGAAUGAUGCUAAUUUCUCUCCUGAGGAAAGGAGGGCGAAUGAUCCCAAGUACUAUUUUGAUAAGAAUUCGUUGAAGGCAUCGACGACGCCGGCUUCGAAUGGGAAUAAGGAGAAUCAGGCGCAGGGUCAGGUCCAACCGCAGUCGCAAACGCAGGGUGGAGGAAGUCAGGGGACGACUCCUCAACUGGAUGGAGUGGGUGUUGCGGGUGAGGAGGCGAGAGGGAAGAAAAGGGCUAGGGCGGAAGAUUUCUUGUAGGUUAUAGGUGCUGGACUGACCGAGUGAGUGUGUCUCCGGUGUA